AUGACCGACUCAAAGGGUCGAAGUGGAUUCCGUGAUCGAAUGCCACUAGACAAAAUUACUCAAUAUGAAAGAAUCAUUACAAAUAGUAUCAAACCAGAAUUACUAGAAGAACUCAAAAGUGGGUUAACCGACAAAAAAAAAAAGCGUACUAUGUUUUCGAUCGAUUUUCGGG